GAGAGAGAGAGAGAGAGAGAGAAAGAGAGCUACAGGCAGUCCGCACUUGGGACUGAGAUGCAGUUCACAGACAUAGGUGAAGGUGUCAUCACUGGUGCAACGAGAGGACAUGCAAGGAUACUUUCUCUCUAGAAAAGUUUUGUUUGGAUGAAGAGAAGCACAGCAGGAGACAUGGGAGACAACAUACCUGGAGGAAUAGUUGCAGCUGCAAAGAACCGGCUGCAGGUGGUGAAGGGUUUGGAGGAUGUGGAGGUGUCUGAGUGUGAGAGCUGCUCCUUUGAGGUGACCCUCAACCUGGCCUACAUCGAGGGCGUGUGGAGCAGGGAUGGGACACAACUCAAGUCCAAGCCCAACUGUCGCAUCAGCAGGCACGGGAAGAAACACUCCCUCCUACUGAACAGGGCGGCUCUGGGAGAUGCAGGCCUGUUCUCUUUCCAGGCUAAUGGCGUUCAGACCUCAGGCCAACUCAGUGUCAGAGCUAGGGACAUCAACAUAGUGAAGGAGCUGGAAGAUGUUGACACAAUUGAGCGUCAACCCGUGAACUUCAUGUGUGAGGUCAAUCAGGUGGAUGUGGAUGGUCGUUGGCACCGAAAUGACAGCAGGAUCCGAUCUGGACACAACAUCAAGAUCAGACACCAGGAUAAAACUCACACCCUGGUCUUUGAGUCAGUCAGGCCAGAGCACGCUGGAGAGAUCAGAUUCACUGCUGAGCGUGUAUCAUCCUAUGCAACUCUCACAGUUAGAGAGCUCCCGGUGCAAAUAGUGCGCCCCCUGAGGGUGAAGAUUGCUAUGUACCGGCAUCGGGGUCUGCUGGAGUGUCAGGUGUCACGACCCAAUGCUCAGGUCAGGUGGUACAAGAACAGGAAGGAGCUUGUGUCCAGUAAGAAGUACCAACUGAUCAGCCAAGAUGUCUACAGGCAACUGACCAUCGACGACAUCUGCUCAUCGGAUGAGGACACUUACACCUGUGAUGCAGGAGAUGAUACGACCUCGUGUCAGCUUCUGGUGGAGGAGCAGGCUAUCCGCAUAGUGCGGGGGCUGAGCUCAGUGGAGGUGAUGGAGCCGAUGCCAGCACUGUUCCAGGCGGAGACCAGCCUGAAGUCGGGGAGGCCUCCACGAUGGACCCUGAACGGUGAGGUGCUGGAGUCGUGUGCAGCGGUGAACAUCGACAGGGAUGGCAACCUCCACAGCCUCUGCCUCACCUCCACGGACAGCUCCAUGUCUGGCCCCGUGGUCUUUGUAGCAGGCAAGAGUCGCUCCAAUGCUCAGCUCACUGUGACGGAGCGACCUCUUCAGGUUGUUCACCACUUGGACGAUGCAAAGGUGAAGGAGAACAGCUCUGUGACUCUGAGCUGUCAGUUUGCUCCUUCUCCCCGGGUGGUGCGGUGGUUUAAAGGUCGCACUGCUCUGAAGACCACAAACAAGUACAGCAUGAAGAGAGACGGGAAACGAGCAGAGCUGACCAUCCAUGGCUUGACUGGGAUGGACGGAGGGCAGUAUCGCUGCAUGGCUGGAGGUUCACAGAGCACAGCGCAUGUUACAGUAGAAGUGCGAACGCUCAAGUUGGUCAAACACCUUGAGCCAGUGGAAAUUGAGGAGGAGGGUUUUGCCACUUUCUCAUGUGAGCUCAACUACGUGGUCGCCAACGUGGAGUGGCUCGUCAACAAUGUCCGGAUCUACUCCAGUGCCAUCAACAGGAUCCAGCACAUGGGCACAAUGCAUAGCCUCACAGUGAAGAAGCUGCAGCCUCAGCAGAGCAGGGUCACCUUCAAAGCAGGCCUUCUUUCUGAGACUACAAUCUUAAAGGUCAAAGCACGUCCAGCAGUGUUCCUGAGGUCUCUGGAGGAUGCAGUAGGAGAAGAGCUGGGGGAGGUCUGUCUGCAGUGUGAGAUUUCCAAAGAGACAGUGACCCCUGUUUGGAGAAAGGAUGGUAUGAUCCUGACGGCUGAUGAUAAACAUGAACUGCUCCAGUUCGGAAGGUCCAUGGUACUGGUCAUCCAUUCACUCAGCAAAGAUGAUGCUGGACACUACACCUGUGACCUGGGGACCAGCCAGACCAAGGCUAAAGUCACAGUUCAUGACUUGCACAUCACCAUUGUUCAUCGUCUGAAGACAACAUCUGUCCUGGAGGGUGAAAGCUGCACUUUUGAGUGUGUGCUUUCUCACAAUCUCGACGAUGAGGCUUCCUGGACAAUCAAUGGCCAGGUGGUGGUCACCAACAGCCGUAUCCAGGUUAUCAACAAAGACCACAAGUAUGAGAUGACCAUAAGAGAUGCCAUGCUCACUGAUGCCGGAGAUGUGGUCUUUACUAUUAAAGACCUCAGCUGUAGAACCAUGCUUUUUGUUAAAGAGAAACCAGUGCACAUCUUUAGGGACCUGCUGAAUGUGAAGGCGGUGCCAGGCGAGGACGCAGAGCUGAGCUGUGAAAUCACCAAACCAGAGGUCCCCAUCCGUUGGCUGAAAAAUGGUCAUCUGAUCAGACAGAGCCCAAGGUACGAGAUGAGUGUGGAGAAGAACUUGGCGCGGCUGGUGAUCAGAAACACCACCAUCAGAGACUCUGGAGAAUACUGCUGUGAGGCUGAGGGCAUUGCCUCCCGUGCUAAGCUGGAGGUUAGAGAACUCCAGCACACGUUUGCGAGGGAGUUGAGGGACGCGCGAGCAGAGGAAAAAGCCAAAGUGACCCUUGAGUGUGAGACCAGGCAGCCAGCCAAGCGUGUGAUCUGGUUGAAGGGAAUGGUGGAGCUGAGGUCUGGAAGGAAGUACGUCCUCAGGCAGAAGGGCGUGCUGCUGUCUCUGACCAUCUCCUGUCUGGAUAAAUCGGACACAGAUAUUUACACGUGUGACGUCGGCACCAUGCAGAGCCGGGCACAGCUGACCGUGCAGGGCCAAAAGGUUUUGAUUCUGGAUGAACUAGAGGACGUUGAGUGUCUGGAAGGUGACACUGUCACAUUCAGAUGUCGAAUCUGUCCCAGCGACUACAUUGGGGUUAAAUGGUACCUGGAUGAGACUCUGCUGUACACCAAUGAGCUCAAUGAGAUCCAGAUGGUGCCCGGAGGCUACAACACGCUCACAUUUAAACAGCUUGCCCGUAAAGACACCGGCACUAUUUCCUUCUCGGCAGGGGACAAAAGAUCGUACGCCUCGCUGCUUGUAAGAGAGAGGCGUCCCACCAUCAUUAAAGCACUGGAGGACUGUGAGGCUAUAGAAGGAGGUGGUUUGGUUUUGUCCUGCGUGACCUCGAAGCCGUGUCACAUCCUGUGGUACAAAGAUGGCUGCCUGAUGUGGAGCUCCUCCAGAUACUCUGCCAGUCGCUCGGGCUGCGAGGCUCGGCUGACGUUUCGGGAGGUGUGCAACAAUGAUGCUGGGGUGUACGAGUGCAGCGCAGGAUCUGUUACUACUAGAGCUGUUGUAACCGUCAAAGCCAUUCCUGCGGAGUUCACCAAGAACCUUAAAACUGUGGAGGCCAACGAAGGAGAGACUGUGACCCUGACCUGUGAGUACUCUCUGCCGGGGGUUCAGGUCAUCUGGAGGAAAGGCUUUGAGAGCAUCAGGCAUGGAGACAAGUACGUGAUGAAACAGAGAAGGACGAUCAACUCUAUAAUCAUCAAAGCCUUGAAGCCGGAGGACUCGGGAGAAUAUACGUGUCAGUGCCGAGAUCACCGCACAACGGCCAGUGUCAAAGUGCUCGCUAUUCCUAUUUCAUUCAUUCAACAACUGAGGAACACGCAGGCAGAGGAGGGCAACAAUGUGACAUUGCGCUGUGAGCUGUCCAAACCUGUGAUUACAUUUGAGUGGAGGAAAGGAGAUGAGCUGUUGAAGAACGGGAUCAAGUUCCAGAUCAAGAGGAGGGAGACCACACUGGAGCUUCUGAUCUGGAAGCCUGUGCAUGAGGACAGUGGGGUCUACAGCUGUGUGUGUGCUGAUCAGAUGACAUCUGCCACCGUCAAAAUCACUGCUCUCCCAGUCACAUUCAAGCAGAAGCUGAGGAACGUGGUGAUCGAGGAGGGUAACACUGCGACGUUCCGCUGUGAGCUGUCAAAGCCUGGUCAUACUGUGGAGUGGAGGAAGAGGGGGGAGGACCUCCUCAGGAACGGAGAGAAAUAUCAUAUACGGCAGAGAGACAUGCUGAUUGAAUUGAGGAUCCUGGAUGUGACGCCUGACGACAGCGACAUCUACACAUGCAUCUGUGGAAACAUAGAGACGACUGCAACUCUGACUGUAAAUGCUCUUCCAAUCACCUUCAAGCAAAAGCUGAAGAACCUCCAGGUUGAGGAAGGAAACAACAUCACGUUGUGUUGUGAGAUCUCUAAACCUGGAGUCCCUGCGGAGUGGAGGCUCGGAGGAGACGAGCUAGAGAACGGAGAGAAGUACCAGAUGAAGCAGAGGGACAGAGCGCUGGAGUUGACCAUCAGAGAAGCUGUGCCAGAGGACAGUGGUGUAUACACCUGUGUGUGCAGAGAUCAGAGGACGAAGGCCACUGUUAAAGUUAUCGGUGUUGCUGCCACAUUUAAAGUCAGCCUGAAGAGCCAGGAGGCCGAAGAGGGGAGCGCUGUGACGUUACGCUGUGAGCUGUCCAAGAAGGGCGUCCUGCUGCAGUGGCAGAGAGACGGUCAGGUGCUUUCUGAGGAGAUGUCUCGAGGGAGGUAUCAGAUGAAAGUAGAAGGAAAGACGGCUAUGUUGACCAUACUCAGUGUUCAGCCAGGGGACGCAGGGAAGUACAGCUGCAUCAUGGGGGACGAGAAAACCACGGCUGAAGUCAAAGUGAAACCACAACCUGUGACCUUCAAGCGAGAGAUCCAGCAUCUGGUGGUGAAGGAAGGGGACAGCGGUGUUUUCUGCUGUGAGCUCAACAAACCGGGAGCUCCAGUGGAGUGGAGGAAAGGCCGAGUUGUCCUGAAGCCCGGACAGAAGUAUGAGAUGAAGCAAGAGGGACGUCUCACUAAACUGGUUAUCAACAGUAUAGAGGAGAGUGAUGCUGGGAAAUACACAUGCCAGACUAAAGACUCCCAGUCAACUGCUGAGCUUAUCGUGCAAGACUUACCACCAAGUUUCAAGAUGCCACUCGUCAACCAGGAGGUGACGGAGGGCAACAGUGUGGUUCUGCACUGUGAGCUGAACAAACCUGCCCCGUCAGUGGAGUGGACGAGAGGAGGUGAGCCGCUGAAGAACGGAGACAAGUAUCAGAUGAGGAAGAAGGAGCUCCAGGUGGAGAUGAAGAUUGUGGACCUCAGUCUGGACGACAUGGGAGAUUAUACCUGUUUGUGUGGUGACCAGAGCACAACAGCCAGGAUCCUGGUGAAUGAGCAGCCCAUCAAAUUCCUUCAAGAACUGAAAAAUAUCCAGGUGCAGGAGGGUAACGGGGUGACACUGUGCUGUGAGCUCUCCAAACCAGACACUCCUGUGCAGUGGAAGAAAGGAGACAGUGUGUUGACGGGCGGAGAGAAAUACCAGAUGAAGCAGAACGGCUCCACGCUGGAGCUGCUCAUCAGGAAAAGCUUGCCUGAGGACAGUGGCACAUACAGCUGUGUUUGUGAAGACAUUAAAACCACUGCCACCAUCAUCGUCACUGCGAUUCCAGUGACUUUCAAGCAGAAGCUGAAGAACCAGGAAGCCGUGGAGGAGGGCAGCGUGAUGCUGCGCUGUGAGCUUUCUAAACCAGGAGUCCCAGUGGAGUGGUGGAGGGAUGCUCAGCUUCUGAAGGAGGGAAACAAAUAUCAGAUGAAGCAAGAGGGCAGGAUGGCUGAGAUGCUGAUUAGAAAUGUAACCCUCGCAGACUCAGGGGAGUACUGCUGCUCUGUUGGCACUGUGGUGACUUCAGCUGACAUCAAAGUAAGAGCGCUCCCUGUAACAUUUACACAAGAGGUUGAGAAUUUGGAAGUGAAGGAAGGGGACAGUGGAGUUUUCUGCUGUGAGCUCUCCAAACCUGGAGCUCCAGUGGACUGGAGGAAAGGCCGAGUUGUCCUCAAACCUGGAUACAAAUAUGAGAUGAAGCAGCAGGGACGUCGCACAGAACUGAUCAUCAACAACGUGGAGGAGAGCGAUGCUGGGAAAUACACCUGCAAGACUAAAGACAGCCAAUCAGGUGCUGAGCUCGCUGUCAAAGCUCCUCCCAUCACGUUCAAGAUGAAGUUAAAGAGCUUGCAGGUGGAGGAGGAGAGCAGUGUGACAUUGAGCUGUGAGUUAUCUAAACCUGGCCUCGCUGCGGAGUGGAGGAAGGGAGAGGAGCGUCUGAAGAACAAUUUCAAGUAUCAGAUCAAAAGUCGAAACAGCAUCAUGGAGCUGACCAUCAAAAACUCCCAGCUGGAAGACAGUGGACUCUACAGCUGUGUCUAUGGCGAUGCCAAGACUACAGCCAAUGUUACCAUUACACCGAUUCCCCUCACUUUUAAAAUGGGUCUGAAGAACCAGGAGGCCUCUGAAGGAGGCAACGUGUCCCUGCACUGUGAGCUGUCCAGGGUCGGGGUGCCUGUGCAGUGGUGGAAGGCCGAGGAUCAGCUCUCUCAAGGCGGGCGGUAUCGGAUGAUGCUGAAAGGAAAUGUAGCCGAGAUGCACAUCAAAAACGUCCAGCCGGAGGAUGUGGGACAGUACAGCUGUGUCUUUGGAGAGCAGAAGACGACGGCUGAAGUGAAUGUGCGAGCGGCCGCAUCAGUGUUCUUUGAGAAGGAGCUGGAGAACAAAGUGGUAAUGGAGGGGAAACCUGUGCUGAUGUCUUGUGAAGUUUCCAACGCUAAUGUCCCCGUCACCUGGAAGAGGGACAACACUGUGCUGGAAGAAGGAGGGCGAUGCAUUCUGAAGAAGAACGGCCCCACGCACUCUCUGGAGAUCAGGAAAUUGCUUCUGGAGGAUGCUGGAGAGUACUGCUGCAUCACCAGAGGCAAGAGGACCACCGCCAAGCUGGUCGUGAGGGAGCGCGUGCGGAUUGUAACCGGGCUGCAGGACGUGACGGUGACAGCAGGGGAGGAUGCAGUGUUUGUGUGUGAGCUGAGCCAUGCUGAUGUGAGUGAAGGUGUCUGGUGGCUCGGAUCCAGCCCCCUGCAGAGCAAUGAGAUGAACCAGAUGACCUGCCGUGGGCGCCAGCACCGACUGGUCCUCACCAUGACAACACCGGAGGAAACGGGCACGGUGGCGUUUGUGAUCGGGGAAGAGCGGACCUCUGCCUCUCUGCUAGUGGUCACUAAGCCCAAAGUUUUAUUCGAGGAGAAGCCCAAAGACAUUGUGAUCAUGGAAGGAGAGACAGCCACCAUGUCCUGCACGAUCUCUGACUUUACCUCCACUGUUAUCUGGAGACGGAACCACAUUCCCCUGAGCAACAGUGAUAAAUAUGACUUACGUAAACAGGGUAGAGUCAACCUACUGCUUAUCCGUGACACGGAGCCUCUGGAUAGUGGCAUAUACUCCUGUGAUACGGGAGACAUGCAGAGCAGUGCCAAACUCAGCGUUACAGAGCUCCCUCCAUUCUUCCAGGAGGAACUGCAGAGUGUGGAAGCCACGGAGGGAGGUUCGGCCUCGCUGUUCUGUGAGCUGUCUAAACUGGGAGUGCCGAUUCAGUGGAAGAAGAACAGGCUGCCGCUGAGAUCCAGCAGGAAGUACGAGAUGAAGCAGGACGGCUGCCUACUCCAGCUGCACAUCAAGGAGCUCAGACUCGAGGACAGUGGCAGCUACUCAUGUGAGGCAGGAAGUGUAGAGACCACUGCGAUGGUGACAGUAAAAGAGCUGCCGCCAUUCUUCAAGAAGGAGCUGAGAAGAGUGGAGGCUGAGGAGGGGCGAGCAGCCUCCUUGUGCUGUGAGCUGUCUAAACCUGGAGUGUCAGUGCAGUGGAAGAAGAGCACCCUACCACUUAGGGCCAGCAGGAAGUACGAGAUGGAACAAGAUGGCUGCCUCCUUUAUCUUCACAUCAAGGAGCUCACACCUGAGGACAGUGGCAGAUACACAUGUCAAGCAGGAAGUGCAGAGACCACUGCAACUGUGACAGUGAAAGAGCUCCCACCAUUUUUCAAAGAGGAACUGCAAAAUGUGAGGGCAGAGGAGGGAUGUUCUGCCUCCCUGUGCUGUGAGGUGUCUAAACCUGGGCUGUCAGUGCAAUGGAAGAAGAACAAGCUGCCAUUGAGAGCCAGCAGGAAGUAUGAGAUGAAACAAGAUGGCUGCCUCCUCCAGCUGCAGAUCAAGGGGCUCAAACCCGAGGACAGUGGCAGCUACACAUGUCAAGCAGGAAGUGUAGAGACCACUGCGACUGUGACAGUGAAAGAGAUCCAACCAUUUUUCAAUGAAGAAUUACAUAAUGUGGAGGCAGAGGAGGGUGGUACAGCCUCACUGUGCUGUGAGGUGUCCAAACCUGGUCUGUCAGUACAAUGGAAGAAGAACAGACUUCCACUAAGAGAAAACAGGAAGUAUGAGAUGAAACAAGACGAAUGCUUCCUCCAGCUGCACAUAAAGGAUCUCAAACCCGAGGACAGUGGCAGCUACACAUGUGAAGCAGAAAGUGUAGCAUCCACUGCGACUGUGACAGUGAAAGAGAUCCAACCAGUUUUCAAUACAGAAUUGCAGAAUGUGGAGGCAGAGGAAGGAGGUACAGCCUCACUGUGCUGUGAGGUGUCCAAACCUGGACUGUCAGUGCAAUGGAAGAAGAACAGACUGCCACUAAGAGCAAACAGAAAGUAUGACAUGAAACAAGAUGGCAGCCUCCUCCAGCUAUACAUAAAGGAUCUCAAACCUGAGGACAGUGGCAGCUACACAUGUCAAACAGGAAGUGUGGAGACCAGUGCAACUGUGACAGUGAAAGAACUCCCUCCAUUUUUCAAGACAGACUUACAGAGUAUGGAGGCUGAGGAGGGAGAUGCAGUCUCCCUGUCCUGUGAAGUAUCUAAACCUGGUCUGCUAGUGCAAUGGAAGAAGAACAGACUUCCACUGAGAGCCAGCAGGAAGUACAAGAUGAAGCAGGAAGGCUGCCUCCUUGAGCUCCACAUGGAGGAGGUCAAACUUGAGGAUAGUGGCAGCUACACAUGUCAAGUAGGAGCUACAGAGACCUCUGCAUCCGUGACAGUGAAGGAGCUUCCUCUAUUCUUCAACAAAGAAUUACAAAGUGUUGAAGCUGAGGAGGGAGGUGCAGCUUCCCUGUUCUGUGAGGUGUCUAAACCUGAAGUUUCAGUGCAAUGGAAGAAGAACAGACUGCCACUGAGAGCCAACAGGAAGUAUGAGAUGAAACAAGAUGGCUGCCUGCUCCACCUGCACAUCAAGGAACUCAAACCUGAGGACAGUGGCAGCUACACGUGUCAAACAGGAAGUGUAGAGAGCACUGCGACUGUGACAGUAAAAGAGCUGUUACCAUUCUUCCAGAAGAAAUUAAAAAAUGUGGAGGCUGAGGAGGGAGGUGAAGCCUCCUUGUGCUGUGAGGUGACGAAACCGGAGGUGUCAGUGCAAUGGAAGAAGAACAAUCUGCCACUGAGAGCAAACAGGAAGUAUGAGAUUAAAAAAGAUGGCUGCCUCCUUCACCUGCACAUCAAGGAGCUCAAACCUGAGGACAGCGGCAGCUACACAUGUCAAACAGGAAGUGAGGAGACCACCGCAACUGUUACUGUCAAAGAGCUUACCCCAUUCUUCAAGAAGGACUUGCAGAGUACGGAGGCUGAGGAGGGAGAUAAAGUCUCCCUGUCCUGUGAGGUGUCUAAACCUGGUAUGUCAGUGCAGUGGAAGAAGAACAAUCUGCCACUCAGAGCAAACAGGAAGUAUGAGGUAAAACAAGAUGGCUGCCUCCUCCACCUGCAUAUCAAGGAUCUCAGACCUGAGGACAGUGGCAGCUACACAUGUCAAGCAGGAAGUGUAGAGACCACCGCAAGUGUGACUGUCAAAGAACUCCCUCCAUUCUUCAAUCAAGAAUUAAAUAAUGUGGAGGCAGAGGAGGGAGGUACAGCCUCACUGUCCUGUGAGGUGUCCAAACCUGGGCUGUCAGUGCAAUGGAAGAAGAACAAACUUCCACUGAGAGCAAACAGGAAGUAUGAGAUGAGACAAGACGGUUGCUUCCUCCAGCUGCACAUAAAGGAUCUCAAACCUGAGGACAGUGGCAGCUACACAUGUGAAGCAGAAAGUGUAGCAUCCACUGCGACUGUGAGAGUAAAAGAGAUCCAACCAUUUUUCAAUACAGAAUUGCAGAAUGUGGAGGCAGAGGAAGGAGGUACAGCCUCACUAUCCUGUGAGGUGUCAAAACCUGGGCUGUCAGUGCAAUGGAAGAAGAACAGACUGCCACUAAGAGCAAACAGAAAGUAUGACAUGAAACAAGAUGGCAGCCUCCUCCAGCUAUACAUAAAGGAUCUCAAACCUGAGGACAGUGGCUGGUACACAUGUGAAGCAGGAAGUGUAGAGACCAGUGCAACUGUGACAGUAAAAGAAUUCCCUCCUUUCUUCAAAAAGGACUUACAAAGUGUAGAGGCUGAGGAGGGAGGUGAAGUCUCCUUGUCUUGUGAGGUAUCUAAACCUGUGCUGUCAGUGCAAUGGAAGAAAGACAGACUGCUGCUAAAAGCCUGCAGGAAGUACAAGAUAAAGCAGGACGGCUGCCUCCUCGAGCUCCAUGUUGAAGCGCUCAAACCUGAGGACAGUGGCAGCUACACAUGUCAAGCAGGAAGUGCAGAGACGACGGCAGCUGUGACAGUGAAAGAGCUGCCUCCAUUCUUCAAGAAAGACUUAGUAAGUGUGGAGGCUGAGGAGGGAGGUGCAGCUUCCUUAUCCUGUGAGGUGUCGAAGCCUGGAGUGUCGGUGCAAUGGAGGAAGAACAAUCUGCCACUGAGACCAAACAGGAAGUAUGAGAUGAAACAAGAUGGCUGCCUCCUCCAGCUGCACAUCAAGGAUCUCAAACCUGAGGACAGUGGCAGCUACACAUGUCAAGCAGGAAGUGUUGAGACCACUGCAACUGUGACAGUGAAAGUGCUACAAUCUACUCCACCAAAGACAGAGCCUCCCACGCUACAACCUCGAGUAAAGGGCUCUGUUUCCAAAACAACUCCUUCUCCAGAUAAUGAGAAUUCUGGUCUCCCAGAGACCAAACCUGUUCCUCCAGAGCCCAAAAAGAGAGCUAACAGAAAAGCAUCUAUUACAAAUUCAGAAAAAGAUGUUGAGCCAUUGAUGGAUCUGAAAAAGUCUCUGGGGGAGAAUAAAGAAGACCAAAAGGGAAACCACGUUGUGAAAUCUAUUGAGAACGAUUUUGAUAUUGUGCACAAUACAACACAACUUGAAAAGAAUGAGGAGAAGGUUGAUAAGUCUGUGAGUUUACCGGAGAUGGAUAUCAGGCCGGUCAAAGAAGUUUUGCUUGAGCAGAAACAACCCAGAAGGAAUUCAGAGGACGCAGUUCAAGCUGAUCUUAAAUUACGUCAGUCAGAGAGGAUUCUGGAUGACGUUGUGGUUGAACAGACAAAGCCGGUAUUAAUGUAUCAGGAAAGGGAAGGUGGUGUUGGGCCGAGCUUAAAACAACCAGGAAAGCCUUCAGAGGUGAUAAGUGUGAUGGAGAAGAAACCUCCAGGAAUAAUCCAGUGGACGGACGGCGAGGAAGGGCCUGUGAAGCAGCCAGAAGGGUUAAUGGGGAAAGAAACAAAGGAACAUGUGAAGUAUACAAUGAAGGAAGGUGACGAGACAGAAGAGGAACCUUUAAAACCACCAGUCAGAUCUAAAGCAAAGACAGCAGAGAGAAAACAAUCAUCUGCGUUUGUUGUGAAUAAAACUGAGGAGGUAAUUCCCCAUGCAUUAGAGACAACUGUAAACGAUUCACAAAAAGACCACGAACAGAAAGAGAGUUUAAAACAACAAGAGGCAGGAAGAGAAAAAAAGCCAGUGGUGCAGGUUCCUGUAAUUCGCUUGGACAAAGCUUCAGUAGAACAACAGGAAAAGCCUUCAGAAAGAGAGGCUGAGGCUCCAAAACCACCUGUGAGGAUAAAAAGUAAAGCAAAGGGAGGAACGGAGAGACAACUGUCAAGGGACACGGAGACAGAUCACGAAGGACAAGAGCUAACAGGAGGUGUAGCUAAAAUAAAGGAUGAUCAGCCAAUAAAGCAGUCAGAAAGACCUGUGGUUAAAGAGGUCAAAGAGAAGCCCCGAUUUGAGAGGAAACCAUCUGUAACAACAGACACUGAGACGGACGAGAACAUCAGGCAGCCUGUGAAAGCUUUAGAGAGAGACCAAAACACCAAACAGUCGAUAAAACAACCGGUGAAACCCAUGAGAAAGGAAACUGAAGCUGACAAGGAAAUUAAAUUGGCAGUCGAGCCCAGGAGAAGGGAGGAAGGGCCACAGACGACAGAGAAGCUAGAGGAUGUUCCCCUUCUCUACAUUUCUGAGGAUGAAACUUUCUUAGAGGCUUUGACCGAGAUACCGGUGAACCACAGCGAGAUCACGCCCGUUGGUUCUGUUACUAAGGGAUCAACCCAAUCCUAUAGUCCUCCUACGAUUAAUGUCCCCCAGAAGACGCCACCAUCCGAGGAGGCUUCACCAGAGUUCGACAUCAGCGUGGAGGAUGAGCCACAAUUGAAAGAGGCUGCGGUCAAGAUCCAGGCUGCUUUUAAAGGAUACAAAGCCCGCAAAGACAUGCGACCUGUCUUUAGAGAGGUGUUCAAGAACCAGAGUGCAGAUGUUCAUGGCACACUCACUCUAGUGUGUGUUGUGGAAGGGAAACCCAGCACGGUGCGCUGGCUGAGAAAAGGCACAGAAAUCACUAAUGACCACCGCUGCCGUUCUAGAACCACAGCAAAUGGUGAGUGCACGCUGGUGAUCAAGAACCUGACCACGAGUGACAGUGGAAUCUAUACGUGUGAGGUGGUGAAUAAGUUUGGUGUAACCUCCUACAAUGGAAACGUCACAGUAGUGCAGCCUCAGCAGCCUGCUCCUGCAGCCCAGAAGACUGUACACCCACCGCUUGCAGCGAUAACUCCUCUGCAACUUGCAGCACCGACUCCCCAGAGUCCAGGACCGAUUCCAACUGCAGCUACAGAUUCUGCAAACUAUGUAGAAAGUGUGAGCGUCUCUCUGUGGGAGGCCUACAACCUGACGGAGCAGGAUAUACCAACGGGUCUGCAAGAAAGGAGAGGAUCAUCUCUUAUUGCUGCCAGCUCCAUGUCGAGUCCGUCUGAUUAUGAUACAGCUCCUGAUAUAACGGAACCUGUUGAGACUAGUCCUGCUGUUCCAAGGGAAGAAGACCCUGUGAUAAUACCAAUUUUAGAAGACCAAGUAUCUCCAAAGGUUGAUAAAGAGAUGGCUGCUCCACAACCUCCUAAGCAACUACUGAAGGUCAUAGGGGCUCCUGAUGGCAAAAUGAGGACACAAUCUCCAAAGCACCAUCGUGCCCACACACCCUUAGCUAGUACCGUCUCUGGAUCAGAAUCAGAAGGUGAAGAGGACAGCAGAGAGACAUUUGAAAUGUAUGUGGCUCGAGCGGACUGCAGUCCUAACAGUGGGAAUAAGGACAGUUUUAUUCUGAAGGAGGGUCAGUUUGUGGAGGUGCUGGACUCUGUUCACCCUGACAGGUGGCUGGUGAGGACCAAGCCCACCAAAACUAGCCCCGCUCGACAAGGAUGGGUGUGUCCAGCCUACCUAGAGAAGAAGAGAAUGGAGACUUUCCCAAAAGUUAGAGCACCUCAAGAGGAUCUUGAUGGAAUAGGGUCUUCAGGAGAAGAGUACAGGAGAGCCCUGAGUCAAUUGGUCCAAGGCCUGGUUGAUGGAGAGGAGGAGUUUGUGAAGGAGAUGAAGACAUUCACCUUUCACCAGCUGAAUUAUCUGGACACUAGUCGCCACAUCCCCAUUAACAUCCUCGCACAGAAAGAGAUCAUUUUCAGAAACAUCAAGGACAUUGUGUUGCUGCAUGACAGGUCCAUCCUGCCUGGUCUAAGAGGCUGUGCCACAGAUGAUGACGUGGCCAUGCAUCUGAUCCAACACACUGAAGACUUUGAGAAGUAUCUUCACUACAUAGUGGGACAAGCACAAGCAGAAGCCUGCGUCGCUGACAAGGCUACCCAGCAGUAUUUCAAGGAGUUAACAGAGUCUAGUCAGCGUGAUGCUCCCUACAUGGAUGUGCUCACCUUCCUCCAGAGACCAGUGGAGAGGAUUCAAACCUACCAGGCUUUACUGAAGGAGUUGAUAAAGAACAAAGCCAAAAGUGGUCAGAGCUGCUGUCUGUUGGAGGAUGCCUUCUCCCUGGUGUCCUGUCUGCCCUGGAGGUCUGACAACCUGCACCAGGUGUCCCUCAUCGAGAACUACCCUGCUCCUCUAACUGCCCUGGGUGAACCUGUGCGACAGGGAGUCUUCACAGUGUGGGAGGAUACUCCAGAAAUGAAGACGGCCUCUAGAGGGCAUCAGAGACAAGUCUUUCUCUUCAAGGACUGCAUUGUGCUGUGUAAACUGAAACGAGACACACGCAUGAACAUUGUCACCUACACCUUCAAGAACAAAAUGAAGCUGAAUGACGUGGAAAUAAAGGAGACUGUGGUCGGGGAUGAAAAGUCCUGGGGUUUAUGGCACGAGCACAGGGGCUCAGUGCGGCGGUACACCCUGCAGGGCCGCUCCGCACUGGCUAAACUCCCCUGGCUCAAGGACCUGAAGGAGCUCCAGCAGCGCUCCAGUCUGCCCACCAACAGUCCACCAGUGUUCGAGUCCCUGUUGUCUGACUGCUUAACAAGGAUAGGACAGACUAUUAAACUGACAUGCAAGGUCACAGGAUCGCCCAAACCAGUGAUCAACUGGCUCAAAGAUGGCCAUCCUCUGGAGGACGACCCCCGUCAUAUUAUCACAGCGGACCGCUCUGCCACCUGCAGUCUCAUCCUGGACAGCCUCACCGCAGACGACUCCGGACAGUACACGUGCUACGCUAGCAGCUCCAUGGGCACUGCUGGUACUCUGGCUAAGGUUGUGGUGCAGGCUCCACCCAGAUUUGUGAGUCGGCUGGAGAGUGCGUGUCUGAUAGAAGGAGAGGAUAUCCAGUUCACGUGUUCCACGCUCAGCACUCCUCUACCCAGAAUCAGGUGGUUGAAGGACGGCAGAGAGUUGGCUGACCGGCAGAAAUACUUGAUCCUGAAUGAUGUUCGGAGUGGAAUAUUGUGUCUGACAAUCAUCAGGGCAACAGAGGCGGAUAUUGGACAGUACGAGUGUGAGCUCUGGAACGAGUUUGGCUGUGUCAAGUGUAAAGCUGGCCUGUGCCCGGCUUAUGUGCCACCGACUGACAAUGAGAACGACCAACCUCAGGACUUGCCCCCUAAAGAUGCAGACUCAGAGGGCUGGUCCACUGCCUUUGUGAAGAAGUGGUUACAGACUGAUUUUAGCCCCACUUCUAUCGCCAAGAUGCUUUUCACUCCUGGAAACCCUGAACAAGCAGAGUGUAGCACUGAAGAGACCGUUGCCGCCACCACACCCAUGGAUGAGCCGGUUCAGCAGCAUCUCUACCUGGAGGAAGUGGAGGAGGAGAUUUACAUCUCUGAACCCAUGCAAGAAAUUACAGACGCUCCUCCCUCCAUCCAGGUGCCCACUGAAGACCUGUGUGUAGAUCCUGGUCAAUCAGCUACGUUUACUGCCAUCAUCACAGGGAGGCCUGCCCCUCAGAUCCAGUGGUACAAGGAUGAAGACGAGCUUGCAGCCAAUGAGAAUGUGGAGAUGGCACAGCAUGGUGCCCGCUGCUCACUGACCGUAGUCUGCUCCGAGGGCGAAGACAGCGGCACAUACACCUGCUUCGCCUACAACAGCUCUGGUCAUGACUCGUGCCAGGCUCAGCUCACAGUGGAGGAAGGUCCACUGGAGUGUCAGGAGAGAGAGGUGGAGCUGGGGAAGAGAAGGAAGUUGUUCUCUGUCUACGAUGUUCAUGAGGAAAUUGGAAGGGGAGCGUUUGGAGUGGUGAAGCGUGUGGUCCACAGAAGAACAGGUGAGGUCUUUGCUGCCAAGUUCCUGCCUCUGCGAAGCAGCACUCGGACGAGGGCCUUCCAGGAGCGAGACCUGCUCUCUCGUCUGGCUCAUCCCCGAGUGGCCUGUCUGCUGGACUUCUUCUGCACCAGACGCACUCUGGUGCUGAUCACAGAAAUCUGCUGUUCUCAUGGACUUCUGGACCAUUUAUUACUGAGAGGAUCAGUCUCAGAGAAAGAGGUUCAGUCGUACAUCCAGCAAAUCUUUGAAGGUGUUGGCCACAUUCACAGCAUGAACAUCUUGCAUCUGGACAUUAAACCUGAUAAUAUCCUCAUGGUGUAUCCACCCAGAGACGAGAUUAAGAUCUGUGACUUUGGCUUUUGCCAAGAAAUGGACACAUCCAGACACCAGUACAGCAUGUUUGGAACACCUGAGUUCGUUGCACCUGAGAUCGUUCACCAAGAGCCAGUCACUGGGGCCACUGAUAUUUGGGCUGUGGGGGUCAUGGCUUAUCUCUGUCUGGUGUGUCGCUGCCCGUUUGUGGGUGAGACAGACCGUGCGACACUGCUGAGAGUGGGGGAGGGGACCCUGAACUGGGACGCGCCUGAUGUCACCAGCAGGAGCCCAGAGGCCCAAAGCUUUCUCCACCUGCUUCUUCAACCAGAUCCAGAGAGUCGACCGUCUGCCUUUGAAUGCUUGAGCCAUGAAUGGUUUCAGGAUGAAAAUGCUGGAGAGGACACAGAGGAAAUUAACACAAAGAGUUUGAGAGUAUUUACCUCAAAAACAAAAUGGCAGCGGUCUUUGACUUGCAUCGGGUCAGUUCUCACGUUGAGGCCCGUCCCUGAGCUGCUGGACGCUCCUCUCAGGGAGACGGCGGUGACUGUGCCUCGCGAGCUGCAGGAACACAGCAGCACCUCGGUGAGCAGCGGCUCGUCCUCCGAAUACGAUGAAGCUGACUCCUGGGACUUUUUCCAGCACUACAGCCCGACCGAGGAGGAGGAAGAGGAGGAGACCGAGGAGGAUUAUGAUCCUUUAAUGGAGAGAGCCCAGAUCCCAGAGCCUUUCUCCAAACUCCACCUAGGUGCGGAGGAAGAGGAAGAGAUGACAUUAGGGGAGGAAGAAGAUGGGGAGAUACUAGGAGGGCGGAGUGUAUUAGAGAGGAGUGUGAGCAGGGGGUCGGUGGCCUCAUCGGAUGCAUCUUGCCAACAGACACCUCAGAGGGAGCGUAGGUUCAGCAAGGACAGCAGUCCAUCUCUCCACCUAUCUGACUGGGAUGAGGGUUCGGGAAGUGAUGGAGGUCGUAUCCCUCGGGGCAGCGUGAUCCGAAGUACUUUCUACAGCAGCUCUCAACAGCUUUCACCCAUGUCUGCUAGACACAUGUCAUUACGGGACAAAUUCAAGGCCAGAAAACAGGAGAGAGGCCGCAAACCACUCAGGAGGAGCUUCUCAGGACGCCUCAAUGAGCCUCUGAUUGAAUACGUGGAGGAUGAGACAGAAGCUAACCGUGUUCAGAGACGGGGAUCCAUCCAAGCCUCGAUACAGAAAUCCUGCUCUUUUGACAGCGGAGUUGGUCUCGCCCACGGCAACGUGCCCCCUCACAGGAGGAGCAGGUCCCUGGAUGAGUAUUCUCGUCGCUCCCCCAGUUCCCCCCCGCGCACAAAGCCGGGUGACGAAGAAGGUUCUCAAAGUCUGAAGGAAGAUUUUACAGAUGAUGAAGUGGCAGGGAGGAAGGUGUUGGCUAUUCCGAGUCCACGGCGACCCACAAGAAGAAGAGGCUCCGUCGCUCCUGCACAUGGAGCCCACACACUGGGUGCAACAUCUGCUCCUUCAAACUUCCUUGCUGGAAACAGAACGGUCAACAGGCAGGACAGGGAGCAGACAGAGGGAGGAAACACCCUUGCUGGCUCCCUGGGUUCUUUGGCUGAAUCAUUUAUUCUGGAGCCCGGUGGUUCAGAUUCUUCGAGCAGACUCGGCUCCUAUGAGGAGCUGAGUCAUGGCCAUCUCGGAGGAAGAUACAGAUCAGGAGACAGUGAAGAGUAUGAUGAUCACCAGGAGCCUCUGCUUUCAUCAUCCUCCUGCUCAUUCCAAGAAGUCAAACCCAGAGGCCCAUUUCCACAGGCACCGCCGCGUAACCGCACCCGCUCCAACCCCAGCUUAUCACAGAGCCCCAGUCCAAGCCUCUCCUCCCUCCAGGCUCCGGAGAGGCCUCCCAGGGCCAGGGACAAGAAGGAAGCUCAAGGCCUCCAGAGGCAUGCGUCAGCUCCAGCCCUGGAACUCCAGCAGCCCACAGGAAAGUCACCCAGGCUGGGACUGCUGAAGAUCUUCCGCAGGCAGUCGUGGACUGGUCACUCUUACUCUCAACUGGACGACCCGGAGUUAGGACCCACGUUAGGGGAGAUCAUGAAGCCUGAUACACCCACCAUGUCUCUGAGGAAGAAAAUGAGAGCUUCAGCCUCCAGCCUGACCAAGCUGUUCUCCAGAUCCUCCAGUAAAGAGGAUGUGAGUAAAGGGCCAAUAGUAAAAGGAUCAGCUACGAACCCAGCCGAAAAGGAACAGGGUCUAGAGAGUCCAAAGAAGAGGACAUCCAAAAUCCUGCCUUCUUUCAAAAUACCCAGAUUCAAAAAGACAAAAGAUCUGCUGGUCCGUCCCAACAAAGCUGACGUGCUCCAGUUAGAUGGAGGUGGAGUCCUGCUGGUUUGGAAACCUGUCAAGUCGCAUGACCCCAUCACCUACUGUGUGCAGUACUGCACAGAUGGUGGGGACUGGACGCUCCUGUCAGAGGAGGUGACGGACAGCAGCUAUGUGGCGAAGGAUUUACCGAGAGGAGCUUCGUACGUGUUCAGGGUCGGCUGCAUCUCCAGGACGGGAGCUGGACCUUUCAGUGACGCCUCAGCCCCUGUCGUUAUGGCCACUCACCCUGAAGAUACUCAAAUCUCUCUCAUUCAAACUGAGACCCUGGGGUCAAAGGUCACUGGAACAGCCCAAAAGAACUUCAGCUUCCUUGCUGAGAUCAACAGGGGUCGGUUCAGCGUACUGAACCUUUGCAGGGAUGUUGAGACCAGCCAAGUGUUUGCUGCAAAGAUCACCCCCUACCAGGCAGAGAAGAGACAGCUGGUGCUGAGAGAGUACCAGCUGCUGAAGAGGCUUCACCACCCCCAUCUGGUGCAGCUGCACGCCGCCUACAUCACCUCCCGCUACCUGGUGUUAGUGGAGGAGCUUUGUCCUGGCAAGGAGCUGCUCUACAGUCUGGCUGGGAGAGACCUGUAUGCAGAGUCUCACGUCGCGGAGCUGCUGGUUCAGAUUCUCGGAGCCGUCGACUACCUCCACAGCCGUCGAAUCAUCCACCUAGACCUGAAGUCGGACAACAUGCUGGUGGAUGACAACCGCUUGAAGAUUGUUGACUUUGGCUCGGCUCAGUCCUUCACGCCUGGACAGCCCCUCAACGUUGAGCACAUCGAAGGCCUGUCGGAGAGCAAAGACCGCCGCGGCAAAGUUUAUAUUGUCCUUCCUAAAGCUCCGGAAAUCCUGGAGGGUCAGGGCGUCGGGCCUGAAACAGAUAUCUGGGCCAUCGGGGUUCUGUCAUUCAUCAUGUUGAGUGCCGACAGUCCGUUCCAGGAAGAGCAAGACAAAGAUAUCAAGAAGGGGAAGAUCCAGUUUGGAUGCUGUUACCCUGGUCUGUCAGAGGGAGCCUUAAACUUCAUGAAGAGCAGCCUGAAUAACAAAUCAUGGGGGAGACCCACUGCAGCCGAGUGUCUCCAGAACCCGUGGCUCCGUGCUCAUCGUGUUCCUCACAAAGUGCGAACCUCCAAGGUGUGUUUCUCCACCGACAAGCUCAAAGCGUACCUCACGCAGAAGGAGGAGAAACGAGAGCUGGUCCGCACCAAGCUGCAGGGUCCCUUCUUCCAGUAAGACAACUAGUGGGAUUUUCUUUCACCAGCAGAUUUUCCUAAACAAUAUGCAGCCUAUUUAAUUACAGUCGUGUGGUAAGAUUUUUAAAAAUCGAUUUGAAUAUCAUCUGAUUUUGAAAAUGUGAUGCGUCUUAAUGAGUUUUCAAAAUGUUCUUAUGUGUUAGGUUUGACAUGAGAGUGCAGUGCAUUUAGUUUGGCUUUUGUUCAUGUGGCAACAGAUCAGGGAUACAGUUAAGUCAAUGCAACAAGUGUGAAUCUUGAUUUGUGACAUGAGAAUCAGUCGUUUUGCUCUUCAGUGUCAAACAGCUGCACAUGUUCGGUCUGACAGUAAAACAUGUUUUCUGUGUUAUUCUGCUCCAUAUGAUCCAAUAUAUUUCGGACUGUUCAAUUUAAAUCUUUGCAGUUUAAGCUUACAAUGUGUAAAAGGGAACUCGAUAAGCUGUAUGGGUUUUAUUGGAGGCUACUAAGUUUCAUGUCGAUAAUAUGUUUAGUCAGCAAUCUACCUGAAUGACGUAGUGAAUGUCAGAUUCAUUAAACAACACAAAAGUGA